UUGCGCACUGAAGACUCAUGCAGUCACGCACAUGUGGGGGAAAAAAUGAAGCCUGUGUUUUUGUUCUGUUUCAUCAUGUGGUUUCCAUGCGCGGAGCUGAAACCUCGCAGAGGCUCCGGAGUGGUUUGUACUUUUAAAGACAAAACCUACAGACCAGGAGACAGCUGGCAUCCGUAUCUGGAGCCCUUUGGAUACAUGUUCUGCAUGCGCUGCGUCUGCACAGAGACAGGCCAUGUGAAGUGCAACACUAUCAAGUGUCCUGCGCUGGCGUGUGAGAACCCCGUGACAGAGCCUCAGCGGUGUUGUCCAAGGUGCACAGAGGAGCCCAGGAUCCCCGCAGGACUGAGGGCGCCAGUCAAAACCUGCAGCCACAACGGGACUGUCUAUCAGCCAGGGGAGACCUUCACCACCCAGGGCCUCUUUUCAUCCAGGCAGAGCAAUCAGUGCGUCAUGUGCACAUGCUCAAAUGGAAAUAUCUUCUGCGCUCUGAAAACAUGCCAACCUGUCACCUGUUCUUCACCAGCUUCUCUCCCAGAUACCUGCUGCUUGGUGUGUAAAGACCACAGCAGCGGCAGCGGCGGCGCAUCGUCCACCGAGGAUGGAAACCAUCAGCUGAACAGAGGCGUCAGGCAUUCAGUCGACCAGUGUUCUGGCGAGCAGAGCAGGGUGAGGUCGGACCGUGCCACCAGGACGAAGGCCUCUGCCAGGGCUCUGAGCCUCAGCAGGCUCAACCUCAGAGGGGCCUCGAAGACCACGGUCAGGAUUUUGCUGCAGAGGAAACACCAGCGAGUGUGUUUAUACAACGGCAACACGUACUCGCAUGGAGACAUGUGGCAUCCAGUUUUGGGGAAGGUCCUGGAAUGCAUCGUUUGCACUUGCAUCGAUGGCCUCCAAGACUGCAAGCGCAUCACGUGUCCGAGCCAGUACCCGUGCCAGCAUCCAAUAAAAUUGGCGGGUAAAUGCUGUAAGACUUGUCCAGGUAAAGAGAGAAAAGCUGAAAUGAACCAGACCCAGUGCCAUCUUGGGCAUAAAAACCACCUUUUGGUGUAUAAAGUAGAACCAGCCUUGAAAGUUGAUUCUCCCAACAUGGUUAGAAUCAUCGCUGCUGAAAGACAGAGCACUGCUGAGAUUGAAGUGCAAGCCUGGAACACAGCAGAAGGUGUUUUACAAAUAAUGGAAAUUGGUGACGUUCAAAGGAAAGACAUCACAGAUCAUCCAGAAAAUUAUACUCUUCUUACUGCUCUUGAUGAAGACACGUGGAAAAAAUUUAAAGAGUUGGGAGAAAACCUGAGCAGAGCUUCUCAGACCACCGUUUGUGGAAACGGCAUUCGGGAAAUAGUGACGUUCUUGAAUCCAAAGCAAACCGAAGGCCUGUGUUCACCAUAGCAGCCACUCAUGAUAUCAACAUCCACACUCAAUUGUAUAUCAAAUGACAUUUAUUCAUACAAGCUGCACUUGUUUUUACUUUUAUUUUACUUUAUUUAUGCAAGUGAACUUUUUUAUGCAUCUUUGCCAUUUUUGUUUGGUGUCUUCAAACGGUGAUAUUUUGACAUCCAUCUUGUUUACGAUUCUUGUAAUAAAACAUCACUAGAUUUGAUCAAUUAGGCUUAAAGCUGAAAAUUUUAUGACAAUAGGCAUAUUGCACUAGCUGUAUACACCUGUUGCUCAUUACAUUAUGACCAACAACAGGUAAAAUGGAAAAUGCUGCUUUGCAGUUACAGCUGGCAGUGAGUUUAUUAAUAACACAGGAUAUUAGAAUAGGGAUCAAAGGAAUUGUGUACUUAAUGUUGAUGUGUUGGAAGAGAAAAAAACAUACGUUAUUGUAAGAAUUGAGGCGAUUUUGACAGAUAACAGAUCAUGAUGGCUGGACAAUCGGGUCGUAACAUGUAUACAGUGGCAGCUCUGGUGUGCUGACUGGUCCCAGAUACUGGUGUUAGCACCACCAGUAACGGGCUACAAAUUUUAUGGCCUCAAUUCUCCCAAGACCAGGAGCACUGGCAACACUCAGGCCACUGAAAGAUAGCUCGUAUAGCGCGUUAUCAAAUCUAGAGGACCCCAAAGUGAUACAGACUCCCUUCAGUCAUUCACCCAUUCACAGGUUGAUGGCGGCUACCCUGGGGCACAGCGACAGAGGGGAGGCUACUGAACCCUCUGACCACCAUCAACACAAUGACAAUAUAUUAUGUCAUUGUGUUCAAAGACAUAAUACAGAAUUAAUCCAGCAACCCACCAAUUGAGGGAUGAUCUUCUACCAUCCGUUGCUACUGUCGUCCCUUUUACUUUUACCCUUUCAUGUUCAAUACUGUCCACAACAUCUCAGUUUUCUCUUUCCGUCCAUGGUGUUUCUCAGAUUUCUCACUUUGGAUUGCUAAGUUUUCUUCUUCUGCAUCUUUACUUCUUAGUCCACCAUCACAAACUCUGGUUGGUUUGCCAUUUCCUGUCUCAGACUUAUUCUCGGCUGCUCUUGUUGGUGUUUCCCAUUUUGACAGCGAAUCCUUCGGCCCACACUUAGCACUUAGUGCACAAGUGUUCCUUUGCACUAGUUCAGCCUCUUGGUAACGGCAUCCCGUGUUUACUUUUCUGGUCAGAAGUCUGUUAUGUCGUUGACUGGUCCAGUGGCGUCUCUUCACAGCCAAACUCUCUGUUCCUGUCUGAUGUGGUAGAACCUGAUCUUUAUUUUUUCUCUGCUGCCAUGAGUUUUGCCUUUGUGUUUUUCUUCAGCCCUUGUUAGCACUUUGUAGGUAAAAAUAGAGAUUUAUCCCCCCAUGAUGAUUCCACUUGGAGCUGCUCUUGCAUACUGAGAUUUUCUUGCCAGAGACAUUGAGCAGUUCCUCUUUUGGGGCCAUAUUUCAGGAUCUCUGAUGUAUUAUCCUGCCUGAUGCUCAUUAGUUCCUCCUUUAGCUUAGCAUACACUCUCAGGACUAAAGGUAAAACCCUGCUAGUGCAAUGAAAGAAGUUUCCCUACCUUACUUUAUAUCCAUUCUGGAGCUUGAGCAAUUUCAUCGGAAGAGUGUAAUUCUGUUCACAUUACCAGUAUGCUGGUAGAAACCAGAUCUUUGUUCUAUGUUUUGCUUCAUUCAGAGGUUCUGGACCCUCGGCUAUUGAGAAGCGAUUGCUGGAAGUCCUGAGUAAAUCUAUUUGGUGAUCUGAAACUUUUAGGCAAAAGUAAAACCAGAAGGAAUCUGUAAAGAGGGAAAUCACAUUUUGCAAUGACGGUAUCGGAUUCUCUUUGAAAGAUUUCUGGAGAUGCCUCUGGUUUAGAGGAGUAGUGAAUUACUUAUGUUGUACCUGACAUGUGUAAAUUGUAGGCUGUUACUUUAUUUUUUGUAGCAGUAACAUUUUGAGAGGAAUUUUGCUUCAGCAAACUAUUUGAACAAUUUCUUUGAUGCCUGUUUUUGCAUUUAAUUUUAAAGAAGGCACAAAUUGUUCUGCAUGUGAACAAGGUUGUUAUUCAUCACUUGUAAAUAUUAGCCAAGGUUUUGUCACAUUAUUUAUAGUAUAUUGGUUUCUGGCUGUGUCUACUUGACUGUUGAAUGUUUUUUUUUUUUAAUGAAGUAGCUUUUAAGUGUAGCUUUCAAAAAGUACAAAACUGUGCAGAGGGUUGUAAGAGAUCCCUCCCUCUCUCUGAGGUUAAAACAGUUUUUAUGUAGCAGAAAGAUUUGGGUUAUUUUUAAACCUUGACAGCUUUCACAUAUCUUCAGUGAUUAUAUUUUUUGCUGUGGGGCAAUUAUAUCUGAACGCACUUUGUACCUCACGCAGCUAUUUCCAACUAUACAGUGUUUAUUUUACACCAUUAAAAACAGUGCUUGACUGCUCAUGGCUGUUUCUUGUAUGUUCCUGCUGGAAGUAUGUGCUUCAAACAAGAUGCGCCCUCUUGCUCAGCGCUGAUUCAUCCCAGACCUGCACUCCGCCGGCUGCAGCACAAAGGACCUCGCAGCACUAACGCCUCAAGGUUUCUAUUAAGCAAAGCUCUGGAGAUCUGUGUAAGCCGAGUUCUUGGUAGAGAUGAAAUAUUUUUGGUGGCAUCGAGUUGAAA